GGAAUCUGUUUGGAUUAGAAUGAAAUGUAAGUGGAGUUUUUACUGCAGGAAAAUCAAUAAGAAAAAGCCAGUACAACCAGACAACUAUCUAUAGUUAUAUGCCAAGCAGUGAAAGAAUAAAAAAUCCAAGAGAAAAUCUGUUAAAUAAUUAUUGAAGAUGGCUAGUUUGAGCUAGGAGUGUUUAUCCCAAUCAAUACUAUGUUUUAGAAAGCAUUGACAGACGAGAUUAACAGAAUUAUAUUGUUCUUCUAAUUAACAUAAGCAUAGGAUUGAUUAUAGGGUUAAAUACAAGAGGAAAUUAAUUCAACCUUGCAAGGAUGAACGUUCAAGAAGGAACAGUUAUCAGAGAUAAAUGAGAUUGGAUUAAUGUAUACAGAUUUAGGAGGUUCACAUCUUAAUUAUCUGUAUGUCACGAUGGAUUUUAGACCUCAAUGUUAAAGACAGAUACAAGCAGUUGAUGAGAAACAUGUUAUGCGCAUGCGGCAACGAAUCUACAGAUAGUGGACCAAUAAUCGACAUAGAUCAAGUGUUACAAGACUACGCAUGGCGAGAAUUAAAGCGAGACGCACGAUGGUAUCAGAGUCCACUGUUACGUCGAUCUUUUUAUGAAAUUGAAAUCCCCUGGAAUUUCUAUGAAUUUAUACAUAAAACUGUUAACUUUAGUUUGCGAAACAAUAAUCAUAUAUCGUCAGACGGUUUGAAGAAUCGUAAACAGGUUGAAUUAUUUUCAACACAAUACGAAAACAACACGGCAAAAGAUCAAGUGUAUAAUUUGAAAACAAACAGACAAACACAGGCUCGAACAUACGUUUCUUUUCAGAAAGGUUUUGCUAUAAAGGGAAAGGCAAAUUUCAGUAUUGAUAUCCCAGAGCGAUUCGGUCACUGCGGAGUUACAGCUAGUGCUAGCGGAAAAUUGAAAGUAACGAAAAUCAGAGGGGAGAGUUUGGAAGAAAUGUUUGCAUGGCAAGUUGAUAGUGAUAUAACUGUUGAUCCAUAUCACGUGACCAAUGUUAAACUUGUAGUCACAGAAGAUGAGUUCGUUGCAGACUUUGAAAUUAAAACCACGAUGCGGAUGCCUACUGGCGAAGCGCCGAUAAUUCUGAAACGAAAGCGGGACAAUCACAUACAAGCAGUACUUCUCAUAUCAGACUUACACGAAGCAUUUUCUGAUUUAAGCAACACAGUCGUGAACUUUGUAAAAUCAGAAUCAACUGGUUCAUCAAAGGGAGUGGUUGAAUUCUGCACGACCGGAAUUCUUGACAGCGUUCGAUGGCGAGACCAACGAAUUACCAUUGAAUCAAAACCUCUAUCUCCAUCGAUUACAGAGGCAGCCGAUCUUCUGUAUGAUAUACCCCUCUAUGCCAAAGACAUAUACAGCCAAGUAAUCAAACAUGCAACCAAGGAAAAGGAAAAUCGAAUAGACAUGUAUACACAAGAUCAAAUCAAUCAAGGUGCUUCUGCUUCGUUGUCGAAAACGGAAACACGUGAUUUGCGAUUAAACAUAAUUCCAAAAAUCAUCACCGAAGGACCAGAUUCAGACGUAUUUUUUAAAGAUUCGGAAAUAUCUAUGGGUGAUGCAAUUACAGCGCUGUCUGUAGCGGCUCAUCCUAUUAUACGUCAAAGUGAAUUGCCAAAAGUGUCAGAUGAUAUCAAAGUUGAUAUGCCAAAAGUACCGGAGCCUCAACAACCAACACAACAACAACGACGACCGUCGUUGACAUCGCUGAAACGAUCUGCUUAUGAUUCUCCAUUACAGGUUAUCAAAGAGCUAAGUCUUGAAGAUAAGCAGAAGAGUGAAGAUUCCACAAACUCCCCAGACUCAUCUGAUUCACAAAGAUUUUCUAAAGUUACAAGCGUAUGAAUUUGAACCCAUCAUACACUAAAAAAAUGACUCCUGUUUUAUUUAUCGUUGUGCACUUACAUUAAUAUCUUUAGAAAUUAUCAGACCAUUGUUUUUGAAGCAUAACGUGUAAACCAAUUCUUUCAUUUAUGCACUGUUCAUGAAUCAACUCUUUUUAAGUGAUACAAAAAAUCCUUUAAAUGUAGAUGACUCGUGUAUCCUAGUAUCGUUUUGAUGUAGUCGUUAGGUGUAACACUUCCUAGAAUAUGAUAUUUGCGGUACAAACAUAUCUCACUAAUAAAGUUUGAUUUAUCAUAUAGGUCUA